GCAUAAAUGGCGGCAAAUAUAAUUUGAGAAAGAAAUAAUAAAUACGCUCUCAAUAAAAUAGUUGACAAGCUUUGAGAUAACAAAGCACCAGAUGUCGAAAUCCUAUUUAUUAUAACAAAAAAUAUUUUGUCAAACAACUAUCAGUUGUUUUUUAGUUUCUGUAAUCCCAUUUUGUACUCCUUUACUACUUCAUGUUUCCCUCCUGAGGUCACCCAACAAUCCAACCAUAUUCCACAUACUUUUUCUCUUUUUCUGCUGAAGUAAAUCAAAAGAUGCAAACAGCACGUGCCGUGGUUUUCGAUAUUCGUGGCGAGGGAAAUAACGAUCUGAGCUUCAGUUCUUCAGCUGAGGCUUUGUAUGAAGUAUCUCUGCUUGCUCAUGCCGGUAGUUGCAGUAAUUUUGCCUUCUUGAGUGCGGUGCUAAUGGGAGAAAAAGGCUUUGAGCUCUUAUUGGACAUGCACUCUUUGAUUGAACUUGAUAUAACUUUCAGACGUUCCUUUGGAAAGUUAAAGCAACUUCUUAAAAUCUCCAACCAGAAUGCUAUAUACACAUCCAAGAAGCCAAUUGAAUCCAUUCUAAGCGAUCUUGUAAAGCAAUUCAAAGAAAAAUGUGGGUACUGCAUUGCAUCAACUCAAUUGGAGAUUAUCAUUGUCACCAAAACAGCUAGAGAAAAAAUCCUGGUGGAAUUAGAAGCCUUCCUUGCUAAUGUUGAGUGCUCUCAGUUGAAUGCAGUUGAGAUAGUUCAUUUAGCUUCAACCGAUGCCUCUGUGCAGAGUGAAACGAUUCAAGAAUCACGCCCAAAGUUGGUUUGGCACGCAUUAGGUGAAGAAGGGGAUGUAGAAUUUUUUUUCAAGUCUUGGUUGACGCGUAAACGGAAAAACUGGAACCUAGAAAUGACUGACUCCAACGGACGGUGCGAGUGGACAACCAGGAUUGAUAUCGAAGAUCUCGUCUACGACCUAAAAGGAUGGCCCUAUCGAAUUUCCGCCGACAGGAUGGAGUCAAACGGAAUAGGAAUGUUUGACGAUGGAAACAUCAAAACAUUGGGAAUCCUCAAAUGGUUGAGAAGUGAUGGUGUACCGGCGUGGCUGAUGCACGGAAUGCCCAGACGUCUUUUACCAGCAAGCGAUAUGGCCCAUGACGAAGUGGCUUCUAAAAUCAACAACGAGCAGUUUUCCUCACUUUCACGUUGGCUGGCUAAAGAAACUCUGGUUGCCCUUGCCAUGCUCGUGCCCGCAAAACACGCCAUUGAUUACUUCAUUCUCACCCCAGGAUCCGACGGAAGUUUAUUGAUGCGAAGCAUUGCUCCACAAGAACUAAUAUUGCCAUCAUCAACGUGCUCCCCUGUCGUUGAUCCUCAGGAGACCGAUUCCGAAUUGUUUACUUUAAAAGAGAAGUGCUUUGAAGAAAUUCAUUCUGCCUACCUCCAGCUUCCGGCACAUUCGUUCAGCCCAACGGGACAGUCUAGCGUCGUGGAAACUGUCGAAUUUCAUGCCCUCACGAACAUUCAAAUGACUGGAACUAAACCAAAAGUGAAUACUCGAGGCCGUGGGAAAAGCGUCAGUAAACCAGUGCGCAAGAGCACGUGAAAGAUGAGCCCACCAUUCAAGCCUUCAUACGAAAAGAUAAAACUGUAUUCUUUUAAAAAACUUAAUUCAUUAAAUAUUCGUAAUACUAGGAAGCUGACCAGUUACGGUAAAUAAAAGCGGAUGUCAAAAGUGA